UGUAACAGUAUAUCCCUUAUUGAUGAGGGUGUAAUCACUCAGAUGUUCAUGGAUCAGUAAAAUAAUCAGCUGAAUUCACCUCACCCCCAUCAAAUUUGAGAGAGAAGAUGUCAGAGGCUUCUACCCCAGACCAUGGCCUACGGUCUAGGCUAUCCUGCUCGUUCCUGGCCCAACUCUGGGGGGACUAUCAGGAAUCGGACCUGGUCAAUCUGGACCAUUCCUAUUCUAAGGCUUGGAACUGCCACCCCCAUGCCAGCCAUGCCAAGCCUGCUCGCAUGCUUUUCGUACCCAAGACUCUUCGACUUCACCCCUCCAAACGCAACAUUGUUGAUGCUGAUGCGGAGAUAGAUGUUGUAUCAGUCGGUCAAACCCACUCCAUGCCAUAUGAUCUUCAGAAAGCACAGUCUGUGAUGAAUGAGUGUGAGCGGUAUGUCAACUUUGCGAGAACGGACCCUGACAACGUGCGCAGCGAUGAGGACUGGGAGGAUAAACUAUCCAGGGUUGGCUGGACCGCCCCUCAGAGUAAGCUCUUCAACAAGAUUCUUAAACAUCUCCAAGCCAAUCGACUAGCAAGACUGGCUUAUGACAAGGUGCUGAAUGAACCAGUGAAAAGGAGGAUACACGUUGACAAGUGUGCUAAGUUGGUCCGACGGACCCUAGCUGGAGUCGGAUGGGAUCCUAAGCUAACCCAGUGGCUUCAUGGAGUCUUGGUUGAUAAUCUUGGUUCCUCUCUGUUAGCCAUCUAUUUGGACGUCCUUCAAAAUUUGAAGUCUAAGGUUCCUUCUCUGAUAGAGAAAAUGGUGCACCCCACUUCAACUUCACGGAAGAUCAACACAACCAGCUCAGAGGCCCUUUCUCUACUUCUCAAAAGACCAUGGGAUCCAGCUGUUGGUCUGCUAAGCUUUCAUAAACCAAAAAAGCUUCCCGGAUCUCCCAUCCUCCUGAUCGCCCCCGACGGCCCCUUCCAGCCUUCCAUGCCGCACUCUCGUCGGACCAGGUACUGGAACUCUCAGCUGGGCAACCUGGGGAAGGUAGUCCCUGUCACGGUGCAUGCCCCAGAGGGCGGGGCAGGUAUCACCGUCGGACAGUACUUAGAACACAUGAUAGGCUCUGUCAGGACUAAGGUGUCUGAGCUGAAGACCAACUUCCACAACAGACCUAUAGUACUGCUAGGGUGGUCUGUGGGUGCGCUCAUUGCAUGUCAUGUAUCUCUUGUUGAGUCUGUGUCUGCUGUUAUCUGCCUUGGUUUCCCAAUGAGAGGCAUUACUGGGGAUAGAGGGGACUUGGAUGAGCCCCUAUUUGAGAGUAAGACCCCAACAUUCUUCGUCAUCGGCCAGGAGUCCAGUCAAUGCAACCAGGACAGCCUUGAAGACCUGAGAGAACGGAUGAAGGCCGAUACCACCCUGGUGGUGGUGGGUGGGGCCGACGAUCGCCUCCGACUCUCCAAGGCCAAGAAGCUCCAUGAAGGUGUCACCCAGACCAUGGUGGAUAGGUGCAUUCUGGACGAGGUCUCAGAAUUCCUCACCAUGGUACUUUCAUCAUCCUACCAUGGAGCGGGAGACGGGAAUGGAGAGCAUCAUCACCAUCACACCAAGAAGAAAGAGAAAGAGAAGAAGAAGCGGGUCCAGCGAAACCUGUCCACUGAGAUGAGAGGCAGGAAGACGCCCCCAGUGGCAGGAUCUGUCCCAGGUCGACGUUCCAGUGCUCCUUCAAACAUUCUUGAGCAUGGCAUCUCCACCCUACCUUCCACUCCCAAAGCCAGCAAAGCCAGCACCUCUCGAACCCCUACCCCAACACCCAUGCUUCCUACCACCAGCACCACGGCAACAACCACACCCUCCUCCCUCCACCCCAUGAUAGCCCCUCCUCCUCCCCCACCCCUUGCAACGUCCAAGCCCCUAUCGGCACCUCCAGCGAUGCAGUUCACCUCGUCCAGUCUCAAGCUCCCCGUCUCCUCACCCAACCCGCCGGCUGCAAAACCCAAGAACUCCUUUGCAGCCGCGCUAUCGUCUGGGAACCAGGCCAAGGAGUUCUCUUCGCAGUACGCAGCCUACCUGGCUAGGGUGGCUAGUCAGAGCAAGGAAGAGAAGAUUGGAAAGACCAAAGGUUCUGUGAGGUUUGGAGCUCAGAAGUCAGCAACUACACAUGCUGGUGCCGAAGGUAUUGAUGCUACAACCAUUAUUGUGAAACAAGCCCCAAAGAGGUCUGCCACACAGAGCCCAGCUACGGUAAGACGAAAGCAGAUGAAGAUGUCUGAUCUCCCAAUUAUCUCUAGGGGACCAGCAGGCAGCACUGUCUCAAUGUCGCCAUCUCCUUCCCAUAUCAAAGGCGGGUCUAUUCACAAUCCUUCCCACAUUGGCAGGCCUCCAACCACAUACACACUUGUUUCGUCCUCACCCAGCUCACCAGGUUCUGCAUCAUCAUCGACCGGACGACCAGUUCCAGGAACAAGGGUGACGAUCGAUUCUGGACACUCCUUGGCCCACCUGCAGCAAAUGGGUGUCGUUUCUUCGGCUUCAUCUUCAUCUGGUGGGUCUCAAGGAAGUCUGCUACAUGGUUUGAGUUUCAACAUUCAAGGGAGCCAGCUGAAGGAGACAUCAGGUGCCCAGAUGAGAGUUCUGGAAGGCAUGUUCACCAAGCAGAGCUCUAGCCCAACCCUCACCAGUGCUGACAAUGGAGCUGGCAAGGCUAUUGGACCAAUCAAGCCAUCAGGCUCCAAAGGGACCUUUUCAGAGACAGCAGCAGAACCAGCCUCAUCCUCCUCUGGUAAGACAUCUAGUGUCCACUUCUCAGUUAGUGCCAACUCUGACAUGAAGACAUCUAGCUUGGCCAUGCACCUUCCACACUUGAUCUCCACCGCUCUUAAAGCAGUGCAGUCUGCUCCUGCUAAGUCGACCUGUGUCACUCUUGUGACAACUACAGCUCCUCCAGUCAUGUCCAAGAGUUCUGGAUCCAAGUCCAGUACUCAGUCUGGUGUCAUCACUGGAACCAAUUCUUCCAGAGUCUCUUCGGAUGUGUCCAUCUUGGGUCUUAUUGGGGCUCAGCAGAUUACCAGUGCUAGCUCUAAAUCUUCAAAGAAAUCUGCAGAUGAGGAAAGAGAUGCACAAGUGCAAGCUAUUCAAAAGUUGCAAUUUCAUGACUUUCCUCUCACCACUGCCUCUUUGACUGUUCCACAUAGCACCCAAAGGGUCACGCAGGCAAAGAUCCUUAAAGACCUAGAAAAGGGCUCUCUUCCCUUAACCAAAUUUGAACCAACUGUCUCUGGAAAAUCCAGUUCAUAUCCUAAGACUAGUUCAAAGUCCAGUUCUCUCUCCAAAGCUAGUUCCCACUCAAAAUCAAUUACACCAGCAAUCAUCACCAACAAACUCCCUGCCCGAGAGUCUUAUAGUAAGUCAGCUACUACAAGCAAGAUAGUCACCGUUUCCCUGUCAUCUCCUUCAGUAUUGACAACGAGCAUGGCUGAGAGGAGUGGAAGAGAAAAGACCACAGUAGAGGUUGAUUCUUUACCCUUGUCCAAACUGAAGGCCAUGAAUCCGAAGAAAAGCCAUAGCCCUAGUGAGGACAACACCCCAACUGUAAUUGAUCUUGACACUCUCCCUUUGGCCAAACUCAAGGAGCAUCUUAAGGAGAGUAAGUCAUCCCUGAAGAUGCCUACACCAGCAACAACCACUAUCAAGAUCGUCUCCAAGCCCAAAGAUCCAGUCAUUACCACGUCCCAGAAGCCAAAACUGUCCGCCUCGGCUCCGUUCAUUGCCCUGUCCAGCAGCCUCAAGGCUAGUACCGAGAGGGCAGCUAGGGCUCAAAAGACCGCCAUGGUCAGUUCUGUAGCCAAACCAUCCACACUGACACCCACAUCAACAACAUCAGGGGCGACCACCACCACGUCAUCGAUGUCGUCAUUGCUAUCCACUUCAGGGUUGAACCUUUUGACAUCAACAGCAGCAUCGAGACAGCCCUUGACCAGCGCCCUCACAGUGGAAAAGACAUCCAACAGUUCUGAAACAGGAGAAUCACGUGAAGCCAUAGUGACUGUCCAACCAUCUGGGAAUGGCCGUUCCAGGCGAUCCAGGACCUCCUCAAGAAAUUUAUCAGAAUGAUCGCUGAGACUGCAUUCCCUUUGAUGAUUCAUGGUCGCCACUUUAACACCACUUCCGCAUGAGAGUGUUAAUGUAUUUGUUUGAAAGCUUGAUUUUCAUCAAACUCAUGCUUUCUUUGCAAAGGAUUCGAUUUAACAUUUUGAAAUACAGGCAAUUGUUGAUAACAUUCAGAGCAUUACAUUCUCAUGAAAGCCUGCCAUCAUGAGACAGAAUGACAUCAUCGUAAACAUGAUUACAAACUCUGCUGAAUUCAGUCUACAUAUUUGGGCAGAAAUGCAUUUCAGACAUUCUUCUUAGAGGCAAUUCAUGUUUGUAUUCUCUAUCAUGAUUACGUGUGUAUAACAAUUUGCUUGUAGUCAACCAUGUCAUGUUCCAGGGCCUGUUGCAUAAAAGUUACUAAUUACUUUGUGAUCUAAUAGGAAUUACCAUGGUUACAAUGCUCAACAGCCAAUCAGAAUCAUGGAUUUCAGUGAAGUCACCAUUUGCUAGCAGAGUUGAUAAUAGUAAUGCAUGUGCAACAUCCCCCAGAGCCUUGUUUCAGCUGGGAAGACUCCCACUUGAAUAUAAAAUCUAAAACAUCAAAUAGUUUUCAAGUGUGACUUAUGCAUGCAUAAUUGUAGAUUUUGUAUAUAAGAUUUUGAGCAAUAUGCCCGAAACACCUUGGGAUGGGGCCAAUGGAAAAGGUUUAUUAUUCUGAAAUCAAAUUGGAAUGAAAGGGUUAGUUUGAAUGUUAUUAAAUUUAUGUUCAUAUAUGAUAGUGCAGCUAAGGCACCUUGCCAAAAAGUCAGAGCCAAGUCUUUCUUACUGGAAUCCCUCGAGGUGCAAAGCACCUUUUUUUGUUGCAAAUCCUCACAUAUCAUCAUAGCUGAAACAAUGGUUCCAAGAGAAAGAUGCCUUGAAGACUUUAGGAAUUCUGCAAGAAGGCUAUUUGCGACUUUCCCUGCAGCCCCAUCGCCUUGUAUAUGAUGAAAUGCAGAGAUUAGUGAUGAAAAGACACAAGAUUCCUGGGGAAAAAUUUUAUUUUGAUGUUUGGUAAGGCAGCUGUAGGUAUAGUUGGUUUAUAUAUAUUUCUGUUAUGUUGCAAGGAUGCCAUUUUUCAGACUAAUGUCUGAAUUCAGACUUAUUUCAACCUAUUUUCGGCCAUAGAAAGCCUUUUUUUUCAUAUAGGAGAGGGGUCAAUCUAGAUUAUUUUCAUGAUUUUUCAAUUGAUUCUAAGUUGCAACCUUGCAUGUUGCUGUCACUCGAUUUGAGCCUGUGUUAGACGCAUUUUCUAGAACGAAGUGAAUAUUUGCCUCCUGCGAUGGUGGUACGGUACCCCUCAUGUCAAAGACUGAGUUUUGGUCCAACAUUUAGUAAUGAAGAGUUUCUAGUCAACCACAUUGUUCUCUUUACACAUAGUAGUGUGUGUGUGAGUGUUCGGAGAGAAGUUGAGAAUUAUUUAUGGAACUGUACCUAAUGGCUACAUGCUAACUUGGUGAAAGGGAGUCAAUUUGAAUACGUAUGUCAGGGUGCUACAUAAGCACUUGCCCGAUUGCCUGGGGCAAAUAAAAGUUAGAGUCGGGAAAGUGUUUUGAAGUAAAGACCAAAACUACUUGCCCAAAUUAGGCUAGCAAAAUUCUCACAGUAGAGUUACCAAAAUUAGGAUCGAUUUGAUAAAUCGACCCUAAAUUUUGUCAUGGUGGGCAAGAUAAAAUCACUUUGGAAAAAGAAAUGCAAGAACAAGGUACAUCAGUUCCUGUCAAAAGAGAGAGAAAACCAUCAAUGGUUUAUAAAACCGCAAUAUUCUCUUUUUGAAGAGGUGAAACUUUGUUUUCAAAGAUUUUUUUGAGGCAAGUGAAAUAGAUUUUCGGGCAUGUAUAUUCCAACUAUUUAAAAAUUUACUUGCCUGACAGGGCAAAUUCUUCUGAAAAGUUAUGUAGCACCCUGUUAUUUGUAUAUUCCAGUCUUAAACAUUUCAUACAAAAUUUGUGUUGGUUUUAUGUCUCUUCAUUCAGAUUGUUCACUGGUAAUAAGACAUGCCCCUCCCCCCAAAUAAAAAGGUCUUUUCUUAUAUUUGUCUGACAUUUUCCAUUAUAUAUACAUGUAUUUUUUCUUUAUGGCUCUCAAGGGGAUGUGGGCACAGGCCAGAUGUGCCCCCCCCCCCCGAUCAGCCUCUGGCUGUCCACAUUUUAUUUCAUCCAGAAUUGAUGUUUUUCAACUGUAUUCUCAGAGCAUUGCACACCUAGAUAUAUGUCUUUAAGUUUAAGCUGCAUUUCUUAAUUGAAUAAUUACAUAGGUCUUAGCAAUUUUUAAGACACAUUUUGCAAGGCAUGUAUUAUUUACAUCAUCAAAAUGCUUGUAAUUGACUGGAAAUUUUCUGUGAAUACUUUGUAAUUAUAGUUAUGAGAAUGCUGUAUAUAUUGGAAAUUUAUUUCACUUGUUGAAGUCCCUUUUCCUUA